AUGGAUACUGAGUUCCCAGGCGUCAUAGUGCAGCACGUACGAAAGUUCAAGAGCCUUAUCGACUAUCAAUAUCAAGCGCUGCGUUGCAACGUGGACUAUCUCAAGAUUAUCCAGGCGGGUCUCAGUUUUUUUGACAAGAACGGCAACAAGCCGGAAGGCCUUUCCACCUGGCAAUUCAACUUCAAGUUCAUCUUGUCGAAAGACGUUUUCGCGCAAGACUCGAUCAACUUCCUGGUGAGGGCUGGUGUAAUGUUUCGCAGGCAUGAAGAGGAAGGCAUUGAGGAGUUUGAGUUUGCCCAGCUACUUAUAACUUCAGGACUUGUUCUCUCUGACGAAGUCAAGUGCCUCACUUUUCACAGUGCCCACGACUUCGGUUACAUGAUGAAGACACUGACCGGAGGGAGCCUGCCCAUAGCUGAGGCAGAUUUCUUUGAGACGCCAAAGUUGUACUUUCCAUCUAUUUACGAUGUCAAGUACCUAAUGAAGGGUUGUGGAAACCUCAGGGGAGGCUUGCAGGAAGUGGCUGGGCAGCUCCAGAUAAAAAGAGUUUGA